GCAUAACAAAGCACGACUGGUGGAGAAUCGCUGUUACGACAGGUGGUAGUGAAUGCGGUAGAGUCCCAGUCUAGGUAUGGAGCAGUGUGCGUGUGUGGAGCGGGAGCUGGAGAAGGUGCUCCAUAGGUUCGUCAUGUACGGACACCAGUCAGAGGAACGUCUGGACGAACUACUACGCAGCGUCUGUGAGCUACGGGGACAGCUGGUUACAUUCGGGGUACGAGAUGCAGAUCUGACGGUGCUGUCUCAGACCAUGGCCCAGUGUUGUAAGAACAUUAAAGAAACAGUACAGCUGCUGGCCUCCAGACACAAGGACAUCCACGGCAGUGUCUCCAAAGUGGGCAAAGCUAUCGACAGGAACUUUGAUGCAGAGGUGAGUGCAGUGGUGGCAGAGACCGUGUGGGACUCACCUGAGAGACAGAAGUACCUGAGUGAGACCAUUGUGGAACACUUGUACAGACAAGGCAUGCUGAGCGUGGCAGAGGACCUAUGUCAGGAGUCUGGAGUAGUGAUUGACAUGAGCAUGAAGCAGCCGUUCUUGGAACUCAACAGGAUCCUGGAGGCCUUGAGGAUGCAGGACCUCAGACCAGCACUAGAGUGGGCAGUAACAAACCGGCAGCGCCUGCUGGACCUGAACAGUACCCUGGAGUUCAAGCUGCACCGCCUCUACUUCAUCAGCCUGUUAAACGGAGGCAUCACCAACCAGCUGGAGGCGCUACAGUACGCCAGGCACUUCCAGCCCUUCGCCUCACAGCACCAGAGAGACAUCCAGAUCCUCAUGGGUAGUCUGGUGUACCUGCGGCACGGCAUAGAGAACUCUCCCUACCGCUCUCUGUUAGAGACCAACCAAUGGGCUGAGAUCUGUAACAGCUUCACCAGGGACGCCUGCGCGCUGCUGGGGCUAUCGGUAGAGUCACCUCUCAGUGUCAGUUUUGCGUCAGGCUGCAUGGCCCUGCCCGUCCUGAUGAACAUCAAACAGGUGAUUGAACAGAGACAGUGUAGUGGAGUCUGGACACACAAGGACGAGCUGCCUAUUGAGAUAGACCUGGGGAAGAAGUGCUGGUACCACUCUGUGUUCGCCUGCCCCAUCCUCCGACAGCAGACGUCAGAGAGCAACCCUCCCAUGAAGCUCAUCUGUGGACACGUCAUCUCCAGAGACGCCCUCAACAAACUCACCAACGCUGGAAAACUGAAAUGUCCCUACUGUCCCAUGGAGCAGAACCCGUCAGAUGCCAAGCAGAUCUUCUUUUGAUCCCCCAUCCUGUUUCCUGAAACCGCCAGGCCCUUGGAUCUACAGUAGCUACCUGCUACCCCAGGACCCCUGGAAAUCCCCAUCCUACUUACUCACAGGCACCAAUUUGCCCCAGUGCCCCCACCCAAACUCAGACCGAUCCCUUCCAGUGAUGGCCCAAGGCUGUAAUACUCCUGCCUCGUCUUGCCUCAUCAACAGCUCCUAGUGUACAGAGGGCUGAUGUGGAUGGACCAUCAAACGACUUCUACCCAUAGAGAGACAUAGAGGAGUCGGUCGGCAUGAGGACGAAGGAAACAUCUCAGAAGGAUUGUUCAUUCAUUGACACUCGUUCAUUUGCAACUGCCUGCUGAACUUAUUCUACUCUUUUUAUUUAAGGAUGUGAUGAGGCGUUAUGCUUUCUUUUGUGGGAUUUUGAUAGGGUAUCGAGUUGAUGUUGAUAGGGUAUCGAGUUGAUGUUGAUAGGGUAUCGAGUUGAUGUUGAUAGGGUAUCGAGAUGAUGUUGAUAGGGUAUCGAGAUGAUGUUGAUAGGGUGUCGAGAUGAUGUUGAUAGGGUGUCGAGAUGAUGUUGAUAGGGUAUCGAGAUGAUGUUGAUAGGGUAUCGAGAUGAUGUUGAUAGGGUGUCGAGAUGAUGUUGAUAGGGUGUCGAGAUGAUGUUGAUAGGGUGUCGAGAUGAUGUUGAUAGGGUGUCGAGAUGAUGUUGAUAGGGUGUCGAGAUGAUGUUGAUAGGGUGUCGAGAUGAUGUUGAUAGGGUGUCGAGUUGAUGAUGAUAGGGUGUCGAGAUGAUGAUGAUGAUAGGGAUGUCGAGGGUGUGAUGAUGAUAGGGUGUCGAGAUGAUGAUGAUAGGGUGUCGAGAUGAUGAUGAUAGGGUGUCGAGAUGAUGAUGAUAGGGUGUCGAGAUGAUGAUGAUAGGGUGUCGAGAUGAUGAUGAUAGGGUGUCGAGAUGAUGAUGAUAGGGUGUCGAGUUGAUGAUGAUAGGGUGUCGAGAUGAUGAUGAUAGGGUGUCGAGUUGAUGUUGAUAGGGUGUCGAGUUGAUGAUGAUAGGGUGUCGAGAUGAUGUUGAUAGGGUGUCGAGAUGAUGAUGAUGAUAGGGUGUCGAGAUGAUGAUGAUAGGGUGUCGAGAUGAUGAUGAUGAUAGGGUGUCGAGUUGAUGAUGAUGAUAGGGUGUCGAGAUGAUGUUGAUAGGGUGUCGAGAUGAUGAUGAUGAUAGGGCGUUGAGUUGAUGAUGAUGAUAGGGUGUCGAGUUGAUGAUGAUGAUAGGGUGUCGAGAUGAUGUUGAUAGGGUGUCGAGAUGAUGAUGAUAGGGUGUCGAGAUGAUGAUGAUAGGGUGUCGAGAUGAUGUUGAUAGGGUGUCGAGAUGAUGAUGAUAGGGUGUCGAGUUGAUGAUGAUGAUAGGGUGUCGAGUUGAUGAUGAUGAUAGGGUGUCGAGUUGAUGAUGAUGAUAGGGUGUCGAGUUGAUGAUGAUGAUAGGCCGUUGAGUUGAUGAUGAUGAUAGGCCGUUGAGUUGAUGAUGAUGAUAGGCCGUUGAGUGGAUGGUGAUAGGCCGUUGAGUGGAUGGUGAUAGGCCGUUGAGUGGAUGGUGAUAGGCCGUUGAGUUGAUGGUGAUAGGCCGUUGAGUUGAUGGUGAUAGGCCGUUGAGUGGAUGGUGAUAGGCCGUUGAGUGGAUGGUGAUAGGCCGUUGAGUGGAUGGUGAUAGGCCGUUGAGUGGAUGGUGAUAGGCCGUUGAGUGGAUGUUGAUGAUGAUGAUAGGCCGUUGAGUGGAUGAUAGGCCGUUGAGUGGAUGAUAGGCCGUUGAGUGGAUGAUAGGCCGUUGAGUGGAUGAUAGGCCGUUGAGUGGAUGAUAGGCCGUUGAGUGGAUGAUGAUGAUAGGCCGUUGAGUUGAUGGUGAUAGGCCGUUGAGUGGAUGGUGAUAGGCCGUUGAGUGGAUGGUGAUAGGCCGUUGAGUGGAUGGUGAUAGGCCGUUGAGUGGAUGGUGAUAGGCCGUUGAGUGGAUGGUGAUAGGCCGUUGAGUUGAUGGUGAUAGGCCGUUGAGUUGAUGGUGAUAGGCCGUUGAGUGGAUGGUGAUAGGCCGUUGAGUGGAUGGUGAUAGGCCGUUGAGUUGAUGGUGAUAGGCCGUUGAGUUGAUGGUGAUAGGCCGUUGAGUGGAUGGUGAUAGGCCGUUGAGUGGAUGAUGAUAGGCCGUUGAGUUGAUGAUGAUGAUGAUAGGCCGUUGAGUUGAUGAUGAUGAUGAUAGGCCGUUGAGUGGAUGAUAGGCCGUUGAGUGGAUGAUGAUGAUAGGCCGUUGAGUUGAUGAUGAUGAUAGGCCGUUGAGUGGAUGAUGAUGAUAGGCCGUUGAGUGGAUGAUGAUGAUAGGCCGUUGAGUUGGUGAUGAUAGGCCGUUGAGUUGGUGAUGAUAGGCCGUUGAGUUGAUGAUGAUAGGCCGUUGAGUUGAUGAUGAUGAUAGGCCGUUGAGUUGAUGAUGAUGAUAGGCCGUUGAGUUGAUGAUGAUGAUAGGUCAUUGAGUUGAUGAAGAUGAUGAUAGGCCGUUGAAUUGAUGUUGGUGAUAGGCUAUCGAGUUGAUGUUGGUGAUAGGCUAUCGAGUUGAUAUUGGUGAUAGGCUAUCGAGUUGAUGUUGGUGAUAGGCUAUCGAGUUGAUAUUGGUGAUAGGCUAUCGAGUUGAUGUUGGUGAUAGGCUAUCGAGUUGAUGUUGGUGAUAGGCUAUCGAGUUGAUGUUGGUGAUAGGCUAUCGAGUUGAUGUUGGUGAUAGGCUAUCGAGUUGAUGUUGGUGAUAGGCUAUCGAGUUGAUAUUGGUGAUAGGCUAUCGAGUUGAUAUUGGUGAUAGGCUAUCGAGUUGAGUUGAUGUUGGUGAUAGGCUAUCGAGCUGAUAUUGGUGAUAGGCUAUCGAGUUGAUGUUGGUGAUAGGCUAUCGAGUUGAGUUGAUGUUGGUGAUAGGCUAUCGAGUUGAGUUGAUGUUGGUGAUAGGCUAUCGAGUUGAGUUGAUGUUGGUGAUAGGCUAUCGAGUUGAGUUGAUGUUGGUGAUAGGCUGUCGAGUUGAGUUGAUGUUGGUGAUAGGCUGUUGAGUUGAUGUUGGUGAUAGGCUAUCGAGUUGAUUUGAUGUUGGUGAUAGGCUGUCGAGUUGAGUUGAUGUUGGUGAUAGGCUGUUGAGUUGAUGUUGGUGAUAGGCUAUCGAGUUGAUAUUGGUGAUAGGCUAUCGAGUUGAUAUUGGUGUUAACCUAUCGAGCUGAUAUUGGUGAUAGGCUAUUGAGUUGAUGUUGGUGAUAGGCUAUCGAGUUGAGUUGAUGUUGGUGAUAGGCUGUUGAGUUGAUGUUGGUGAUAGGCUAUCGAGCUGAUAUUGGUGAUAGGCUAUCGAGUUGAGUUGAUGUUGGUGGUAAGCUAUUGAGUUGAGUUGAUGUUGGUGAUAAGCUAUUGAGUUGAUAUUGGUGAUAGGCUAUCGAGUUGAGUUGAUGUUGGUGAUAGGCUAUCGAGCUGAUUGGUGAUAGGCUGUUGAGUUGAUGUUGGUGAUAGGCUAUCGAGUUGAGUUGAUGUUGGUGAUAAGCUAUUGAGUUGAUAUUGGUGAUAGGCUAUCGAGCUGAUAUUGGUGAUAGGCUAUCGAGUUGAGUUGAUAUUGGUGAUAAGCUAUCGAGUUGAGCUGAUAUUGGUGAUAGGCUAUCGAGUUGAGUUGAUAUUGGUGAUAAGCUAUCGAGCUGAUAUUGGUGAUAGGCUAUCGAGCUGAUAUUGGUGAUAGGCUAUCGAGUUGAUGUUGGUGAUAGGCUAUCGAGUUGAUGUUGGUGAUAGGCUAUCGAGUUGAUGUUGGUGAUAGGCUAUCGAGUUGAUGUUGGUGAUAGGCUAUCGAGUUGAUGUUGGUGAUAGGCUAUCGAGUUGAUGUUGGUGAUAGGCUAUCGAGUUGAUGUUGGUGAUAGGCUAUCGAGUUGAUGUUGGUGAUAGGCUAUCGAGUUGAUGUUGGUGAUAGGCUAUCGAGUUGAUGUUGGUGAUAGGCUAUCGAGUUGAUGUUGGUGAUAGGCUAUCGAGUUGAUGUUGGUGAUAGGCUAUCGAGUUGAUGUUGGUGAUAGGCUAUCGAGUUGAUGUUGGUGAUAGGCUAUCGAGUUGAGUUGAUGUUGGUGAUAGGCUAUCGAGUUGAGUUGAUGUUGGUGAUAGGCUAUCGAGUUGAGUUGAUGUUGGUGAUAGGCUAUCGAGUUGAGUUGAUGUUGGUGAUAGGCUAUCGAGUUGAGUUGAUGUUGGUGAUAGGCUAUCGAGUUGAGUUGAUGUUGGUGAUAGGCUAUCGAGUUGAUAUUGGUGAUAGGCUAUCGAGCUGAUAUUGGUGAUAGGCUAUCGAGUUGAUAUUGGUGAUAGGCUAUCGAGUUGAUAUUGGUGAUAGGCUAUCGAGUUGAUAUUGGUGAUAGGCUAUCGAGUUGAUAUUGGUGAUAGGCUAUCGAGUUGAUAUUGGUGAUAGGCUAUCGAGUUGAUAUUGGUGAUAGGCUAUCGAGUUGAGCUGAUAUUGGUGAUAGGCUAUCGAGUUGAUAUUGGUGAUAAGCUAUCGAGUUGAUAUUGGUGAUAGGCUAUCGAGUUGAGUUGAUGUUGGUGAUAGGCUAUCGAGUUGAGUUGAUGUUGGUGAUAGGCUAUCGAGUUGAGUUGAUGUUGGUGAUAGGCUAUCGAGCUGAUAUUGGUGAUAGGCUAUCGAGUUGAGUUGAUGUUGGUGAUAGGCUAUCGAGUUGAUGUUGGUGAUAGGCUAUCGAGUUGAUGUUGGUGAUAGGCUAUCGAGCUGAUAUUGGUGAUAGGCUAUCGAGUUGAGUUGAUAUUGGUGAUAGGCUAUCGAGUUGAGUUGAUAUUGGUGAUAGGCUAUCGAGUUGAGUUGAUAUUGGUGAUAGGCUAUCGAGUUGAGUUGAUAUUGGUGAUAGGCUAUCGAGUUGAUAUUGGUGAUAGGCUAUCGAGUUGAUAUUGGUGAUAGGCUAUCGAGUUGAGCUGAUAUUGGUGAUAGGCUAUCGAGUUGAGCUGAUAUUGGUGAUAGGCUAUCGAGUUGAGCUGAUAUUGGUGAUAGGCUAUCGAGUUGAGCUGAUAUUGGUGAUAGGCUAUCGAGUUGAGUUGAUAUUGGUGAUAAGCUAUUGAGUUGAUAUUGGUGAUAGGCUAUCGAGUUGAGUUGAUGUUGGUGAUAGGCUAUCGAGUUGAGUUGAUGUUGGUGAUAGGCUAUCAAGCUGAUAUUGGUGAUAGGCUAUCGAGUUGAGUUGAUGUUGGUGAUAGGCUAUCGAGUUGAGUUGAUGUUGAUGAUAAGCUAUUGAGUUGAUAUUGGUGAUAGUCUAUCGAGUUGAGUUGAUAUUGGUGAUAAGCUAUCGAGUUGAGUUGAUAUUGGUGAUAAGCUAUCGAGCUGAUAUUGGUGAUAGGCUAUCGAGCUGAUAUUGGUGAUAGGCUAUCGAGUUGAUAUUGGUGAUAGGCUAUCGAGUUGAUAUUGGUGAUAGGCUAUCGAGUUGAUAUUGGUGAUAGGCUAUCGAGUUGAUAUUGGUGAUAGGCUAUCGAGUUGAUAUUGGUGAUAGGCUAUCGAGUUGAUAUUGGUGAUAGGCUAUCGAGUUGAUAUUGGUGAUAGGCUAUCGAGUUGAUAUUGGUGAUAGGCUAUCGAGUUGAUAUUGGUGAUAGGCUAUCGUGUUGAGUUGAUGUUGGUGAUAGGCUAUUGAGUUGAUGUUGAUCGAGUUGAGUUGUAGAGUUUUUGGAUGACUGCUCUCUCCAUCUGUAGGCUUUCCUCAGUACACAGAAUGCUCUAUCCAUCUGUAGGUUUUCCUCAGUACACAGAAUGCUCUAUCCGUCUGUAGGUUUUCCUCAGUACACAGAAUGCUCUAUCCAUCUGUAGGUUUUCCUCAGUACACAGAAUGCUCUAUCCAUCUGUAGGUUUUCCUCAGUACACAGAAUGCUCUAUCCAUCUGUAGGUUUUCCUCAGUACACAGAAUGCUCUAUCCAUCUGUAGGCUUUCCUCAGUACACAGAAUGCUCUAUCCAUCUGUAGGCUUUCCUCAGUACACAGAAUGCUCUAUCCAUCUGUAGGCUUUCCUCAGUACACAGAAUGGGUCUUUUUUAAAUGAUUUAAUGGAUGUUAGAGUGGUGAUGUGACAGUUAUUUUAAUUUGAUUUUUAGGAAGUUGUCUGAUUUCAGGAGAGUAGUUAAACUUCUAUAUUACAGAGGUAAAGCUAAGUUGCCUCUGAGAAUACAUAUUCACAUACAUUUUUAUUGAGAUUGUGAUUGGCUGAUAGGUGGUGACUGUGGUUACAGUUUGUGAAUGGAACACUGAUUGUAAAAAAAUGUUUAACAUUUCUCUUUCUAUUGGCGAUGAUGUAAUAAAGGCCCUGAUUGUUGAAAGUCACUUUGGGUUACAGUACAUGUAUCAGUGUGCUGAUCAACGGAGAGGUCGAGGGUCAAUUGGCUGAUUUGAUUUUGCAACUGGCUCCAAUAACAAUAAUUUUCCUGAAGGAAGCCAUGUUUCUUGUUCUGUGUCUGCCGAUGUAUUCAACAAAAACAAAUGAUACUACUGUGAAGUCUACGUUUGUUUUUAUUUAUCAUCGCUAGAAUCAAGUCUCUUGUAAAAUAGUGAAACCACAAGUAACAUAAUACAUUUUAUGAAAUUAUAAUUAUGCCACAAAAUAGCAACAUCAGUAUUGGGUUGGAUCCAUGAUCAAUCCUUCUCCGUUUUCUGAACCGUUGUCAUACCAGCCCAUGGAGUGGUGAUGUCAUACCAGCCCAUGGAGUGGUGAUGUCAUACCAGCCCAUGGAGUGGCGAUGUCAUACCAGCCCAUGGAGUGGCGAUGUCAUACCAGCCCAUGGAAUGGCGAUGUCAUACCAGCCCAUGGAGUGGCGAUGUCAUACCAGCCCAUGGAGUGGUGAUGUCAUACCAGCCCAUGGAGUGGUGAUGUCAUACCAGCCCAUGGAGUGGUGAUGUCAUACCAGCCCAUGGAGUGGUGAUGUCAUACCAGCCCAUGGAGUGGUGAUGUCAUACCAGCCCAUGGAGUGGUGAUGUCAUACCAGCCCAUGGAAUGGCGAUGCCAUACCAGCCCAUGGAGUGGCGAUGUCAUACCAGCCCAUGGAGUGGCGAUGUCAUACCAGCCCAUGGAGUGGCGAUGUCAUACCAGUAUAUGGAGUGGUGAUGUCAUACCAGCCCAUGGAGUGGUGAUGUCAUACCAGCCCAUGGAAUGGCGACGUCAUACCAGUAUAUGGAGUGGUGAUGUCAUACCAGCCCAUGGAGUGGUGAUGUCAUACCAGCCCAUGGAGUGGUGAUGUCAUACCAGCCCAUGGAAUGGCGAUGUCAUACCAGCCCAUGGAGUGGCGAUGUCAUACCAGCCCAUGGAGUGGCGAUGUCAUACCAGCCCAUGGAGUGGCGAUGUCAUACCAGCCCAUGGAGUGGUGAUGUCAUACCAGCCCAUGGAAUGGCGAUGUCAUACCAGCCCAUGGAGUGGCGAUGUCAUACCAGCCCAUGGAAUGGCGAUGUCAUACCAGCCCAUGGAGUGGCGAUGUCAUACCAGCCCAUGGAGUGGCGAUGUCAUACCAGCCCAUGGAGUGGCGAUGUCAUACCAGCCCAUGGAGUGGCGAUGUCAUACCAGCCCAUGGAGUGGUGAUGUCAUACCAGCCCAUGGAGUGGCGAUGUCAUACCAGCCCAUGGAGUGGUGAUGUCAUACCAGCCCAUGGAGUGGCGAUGUCAUACCAGCCCAUGGAGUGGCGAUGUCAUACCAGCCCAUGGAGUGGCGAUGUCAUACCAGCCCAUGGAGUGGCGAUGUCAUACCAGCCCAUGGAGUGGUGAUGUCAUACCAGCCCAUGGAGUGGCGAUGUCAUACCAGCCCAUGGAGUGGCGAUGUCAUACCAGCCCAUGGAGUGGCGAUGUCAUACCAGCCCAUGGAAUGGCGACGUCAUACCAGUAUAUGGAGUGGUGAUGUCAUACCAGCCCAUGGAGUGGUGAUGUCAUACCAGCCCAUGGAGUGGUGAUGUCAUACCAGCCCAUGGAAUGGCGAUGUCAUACCAGCCCAUGGAGUGGCGAUGUCAUACCAGCCCAUGGAGUGGCGAUGUCAUACCAGCCCAUGGAGUGGCGAUGUCAUACCAGCCCAUGGAGUGGUGAUGUCAUACCAGCCCAUGGAGUGGUGAUGUCAUACCAGCCCAUGGAAUGGCGAUGUCAUACCAGCCCAUGGAGUGGCGAUGUCAUACCAGCCCAUGGAGUGGCGAUGUCAUACCAGCCCAUGGAGUGGUGAUGUCAUACCAGCCCAUGGAAUGGCGAUGUCAUACCAGCCCAUGGAGUGGCGAUGUCAUACCAGCCCAUGGAAUGGCGAUGUCAUACCAGCCCAUGGAGUGGCGAUGUCAUACCAGCCCAUGGAGUGGCGAUGUCAUACCAGCCCAUGGAGUGGCGAUGUCAUACCAGCCCAUGGAGUGGUGAUGUCAUACCAGCCCAUGGAAUGGCGAUGUCAUACCAGCCCAUGGAGUGGCGAUGUCAUACCAGCCCAUGGAGUGGUGAUGUCAUACCAGCCCAUGGAGUGGUGAUGUCAUACCAGCCCAUGGAGUGGUGAUGUCAUACCAGCCCAUGGAAUGGCGAUGUCAUACCAGCCCAUGGAGUGGUGAUGUCAUACCAGCCCAUGGAGUGGUGAUGUCAUACCAGCCCAUGGAGUGGUGAUGUCAUACCAGCCCAGCCCAUGGAGUGGUGAUGUCAUACCAGCCCAUGGAGUGGUGAUGUCAUACCAGCCCAUGGAAUGGCGAUGUCAGCGAGUUCUGCACCACCAUCUCUUUAACAGCCGACACGUGUUAGUAGUCAGCCAUUAUAUCAACUUUGCACUGAUCGCCAGUCAGAAUGAAUGAUGGAAGCAGGUUUUUAUUUAUUUUUAAGCAGGUAUAGUUUUAUAUUAUGAUUUGUGUGUUCACACGUGUUUGGUUGAUGUUACAUUUGAUUUACUGCUUUUGGUUGACAAUCAUUCAUCUCCUUUCCCACACUAAGGUGUGUUAUGGCUUCUCCCUUUGGUUCUUUUCCAGUAGUUGAGUUCUUAUGUGAUGGGUUGGCCUUCUACCUGCUUCUCUGUCUUUAUUAAAGUUGUAUUGUACAUAUUUAUUCUCUAACAUGUUUCAUAUUAUACUUGCAUCUUAAAAUGGAAUAAAAACUUUAUACUCCAA